CGAUUGCUAAAAUUGACCUUUGACUUGUAAUCAAACCGCUAGAUUUGAGGUGACUUCCCAAGCAAAAAAGUGAUGAGAUUUUUCCAAUUCUGACUAGCUCAAUUGUUUAAGAGAAGAUGGACCCAGGCAAAGUGAAAAGCUUGGUCACUUUUGUGAACUCACUUGGAGUUGGGGAGGUCAUCGAAUCAUUGCACCAGCUGAAGGAUGGAAAGCAUUUUAUCUCCAUGAUCAAGAUCCUUUCCGACAAGGAAGUCCCAGACUGCGAUAAUCCUAUGCAAUGCUACCGCUACGUUCUGAAGUAUUUGGAAGGGUUUUACCAAUCUUCUCUCAAGUACCAUGUGGACUUCUCCCAGAUUGUCAACGGCUCCAGCGUCGCUGAGGUGGCAAAGGUCACGACCCUGCUGCUCUGCGCAUCCAUCCAGAGUGAGAGGGUCAAGAUCUUUGUGGAUGCCAUCACCGAGCUUGACCUAUUGACCCAGAAUGACCUGAAGGAGAUCAUCCAGUAUAUCGUGGCCCAGGAGAGUAGCCACAAGCUCCGGGCAGACUUUGCAGAUAUCCUUCAUCGACGAGGUUCUCAGCCAGCUACCACAAUUGAUGAGUGUAUCCCGUCUACAACUAGCCAGCGAGGUGAUCAUACGAGUGAAUCUUCUCGAGCUGUCCUCACCCCCAUGGAGCAAGGCUCUCCGUUUCCAACAAGGUUGACGUCAUCGUCAGCCUUCUCCGACUCUCCGAUGUCUCCGGUCCACAACCUCAUUAACUCUCCCUACAUGGUCAGCAAGCUGAACAAUCGCAGAUUACAUGAUCGAGUGCGUACCCUGGAAUCCAAGAUAGCCUCUGAGACAGCACUGAGGCAGGACCAUGAAGCUGAGAUCAUUGAGAAAAACUCAGACAUUGGCCUCAAAGACAGCCAGCUACGUGAGCUGAACCAAAAGGUCAAAGAACUUAACAAGCUGAAAGAUGAGGUCGAUGAACUCCAGGAAGUUCAGGCAGAACUGCAGAAGAGUACGAGAGAAAACACGAGAUUGAAAAAACUGUUAGAGAAGAAAGCCGAGUUGAAGACGGACAACCAACACCUUGAGAAGCAGAAUGAAGAACUGUUAUCAGAGAGACAAGAACUCAAAUACAUGAUGAAGGGUCACGGCGCCAUCAAGAACCAGUUUGAGGAGACGCGCGUUCGGCUGCGUCGCUCCGAGCUCAACCUCGGCGAGCUGCACAGGGAUAACUGUCGCCUGACCGAAGAGGUGGAGGGUGCCAUGAAGGAGAGGCAGGAGCUGAUUCAUAUGAUGGAGACCAGUCAACAGAUGUACAAGGAGAAGAUUGCCCUCCUGGAGGAUCAGCUUUUGCAAGCCUCUAGCCCAGCGGUAAUGGGAGAGUCCUUGGGUAUCAUUGCUGAGCAGCGUGUCUCUGAACUUGAGCUGGAACUGGAGAAGGUGCGCAUGAGCUGGACCAGUCCCGAAGUCUAUCAGAAGAUGAAGAGCCUGUACGAGGAAGCUUGUCGGACUGCACAGGCAUACGAGGGUCAGUUGAAAGAGAGUCAAGAUCAAAUGAGCCAACUCGAGGUUAACAUCCAGAAUCUUCAGUCUACCUGGGCUUCUCCCGACGUCCACCAGGAACUGAGAGACCUCUAUGAAAUGACCAACCAAGACAAACACAAAUAUGAGGUUCACUUGAAAGAGAGUCAGGAUCAGAUCAAAGAGCUUGAGAUGAAUAUUCAGAACCUUCAGUCUACCUGGGCUUCUCCCGAUUCCCACCAGGAACUGAGAGACCUCUACGAAGAGACCAACCAAGAGAAACAAAAAUAUGAGGUUCACUUGAAGGAGAGUCAGGAUCAGAUCAAAGAGCUUAUGCAUAUUCAGGAACUUCAGUCUACCUGGGUUUCUCCCGAUGUCCACCAGGAACUGAGAGACCUCUACGAAGAGACCAACCAAGACAAACAAAAAUAUGAGGUUCACUUGAAAGAGAGUCAAGACCAGGUCAGACAGCUUGAGGUUACUGUUCAGAAUCUUCAGUCUACCUGGGCUUCUCCCGACGUCCAUCAACAACUGAAAGAACUCUAUGAACAGACCAGCCAAGGAUACGAGGUACAUUUGAAAGAGAGUCAGGACCAGAUAAGACAACUUGAGGUUAACAUCCAAGAUCUUCAGUCUACCUGGGCCUCUCCUGAAGGUCAUCAAAAACUGAAAGACCUCUACGAAGAAACCGAUCAAGACAAACAGAAAUACGAGGUUCACUUGAAAGAGAGUCAGGAUCAAGUCAGACAGCUCGAAGUUGCUGUUCAGAAUCUUCAAUCUACCUGGGUUUCUCCCGAUGUCCACCAGAAACUGAAGGACCUCUACCACAAGACCAACCAAGACAAACAGAAUUAUGAGGGUCAGUUGCAGGAUAUUCAGGAUAAGAUCAAAGAGCUUGAGAUUAAAGUCCAUAAUCUUCAGUCUACCUGGGCCUCUCCUGAAGACCAUCUGAAACUGAAAGAACUCUAUGAAGAAACCAACCGAGACAAGCAAAGUUGUGAGGCUAAAUUGGAAGAGAGGGAGGCAAGGAUGAGGGAGUUGGAGCAGGAGAUAGAGAAAUUACGCAACACCUGGGCGUCGCCAGAAGUCCACCAGAAACUGAAUGAAAUGUACACGGAAGUAUCUGAAGCUAAGGAAGUGUAUGAGACACAACUGAAGGAGACACAAGGAGAAAAUUCAUACAGUGCUCAACGCACGACAGAACUGGAGCUGGAGCUGAAAAAGUUGACCAGAGUGAGGGAUCAAGCGCUGCAACAGAAGCAGGAGCUAGAGACCCAACUCCAGCAUUCAAUGGCACUGAGCGGAGAUCUCCAGGAGCAGAUAAGCCGUCUACGCGAUGAUUCGGAGAAGGAGAAGCAGGAACUUGAAAGCCAGCUGCAGCAAUCCAAAACUCAGAGUGAAGAUCUUCAGAGUCAGAUUGGCAGUCUCACAAAAGAUUUAGAGAAGGAGAAGGAAGGAUGGUGUAGUUCUGAAGAAAACCUGAAACAAGAAAAGCUUGUGAUCGAAACACACCUUCAGCACUCAAACGCUUUGAACGAAGACUUCCAGCAGCAGACCGUCCAUCUCCAGCAAGAGGCAAAGAAGGAGAAGGAGGACUGGUGUGCCUUGAAAGAAAGCUUGAAACAAGAGAAACAAGCUGUUGAAGGGAGAUUGCAGAAUGCUUUGAGUGAGAUUGGAGACCUGCAAACGUGCAAUGCUCAACUGAAGCAAGCUCAUGGUACAGACUGCAAAGCAUGGCAAGACUCUGAGGGGAAACUGAAGCAGGACAUCAAUUCUGUCAAAUCUAAAUUGCAGGAGGCACUUAAGCAAACUGAAGAACUCAAGACAGCAAACAGUACCCUGUUGAGGGACCUUGAUGAAAGGAGUGGAAAGGUGCUGAAUAUAGAAACCAGAAUGAAGCAAGAUGAGGAAGAGAAAGAAGCCCAAUUCUGUCAGGCCCGUGAACUUUUGGGGAAGCUCCAAUCUCAGAAUGGCUCUCUGAACCUUGAGUUAGAGAACAAAGAACGAUGCUUACAGGAUACCCAGAAUGAGUUGCAAGUGGUGAUCAAAGAGAGUGAUUCCCUCCUGCAGAAGGCCGAUGCUCGCAUCAAAGACCUGGAAUGCAAGAGCAUGAGGAUGGAACAGGAUCUGGAGAGUGGCAGCGAAGUCUUGCGAGUGGCUGAACAGAAGAUCAAAGAGGGCAACACCGAGAAUGAAGUCAAACUGAAAGCAGUGGGCAUUGAGGUGAUGGACCUGCAGAAGCAGAAUCAGCGAUUGAAGCAAGAUCUGGAUGGGAAGUUUCAGGAUUGGCUUGUUACGGAGGAGAAGAUGAGGCAGGAGAAGGAAGUGGUCGAGACCCAGCUUGGUCAGGCGACGGUCAAGAUUGAGAUGCUUGAGCAAAAGUACAGAUCCUUCAAGGAAGACUUGGACAAGGAAGACACAGAUCUGUGCCUCCGACUGAAGAACAUGGACGAACAGAAGCGGGAGGUGGAGUCUCGUCUGGAGCGGACCGAUGCCCAGCUGGAGGAUCUCCAGCACAGCAACUGGCUCCUGAAGCAGAACCUGGAGAACAAGGAGGAGAAACUGAGGCUCAUCGAGGAAAAGCUCAAACGGGAAGGGGAGGGUCAGCUCCUGCAGGCUACGAAGCAGAUGGAGGAGUUGCAACAGCAGAAUGGCCGCUUGAAGCAGGAUGUCAAGAACAUGCAUGACAUCUUGGUCACAACUGGAGAGAAUAAGAAGUUAUGGGAAGAGAAGAUCAGGAUGCUUGAAGAGAAAGUUUUACAAGAUGAAGCGGAGAGGACAACGAGACAACACCAUGCUGUAGAGCUUGAGAAGGAAGUUGAAGAGCUCAGGGCCAAGUACAGCGAAGCAUGUCAAGCACAGCAUUCCCAAGGGAUUGCCUUCACAGAGGAGAUAGAGCGUCUCAGGUCGGCCACACCCAACCAAACCCCAACCGCAUCCGCCCAGAACUCCAUCACAGAUAUCACGCCCCCGGUCCACUGCCACCUGGACCUAACCCACGACGUGAUGGCCAACCAUAGCGUGGACAGUCUGGAUGGUCUAGCGGUCAGUCGUGUCAGUCACGAUGACAGUGACCUCAGGAUGGAUGACCUCGAGACUGACCAUGGCCUGAGAGCGAGGUCGGUUGCAAGCCUCGCAUCGUCGACGGGGUCGAAUCGAAGCACAAGAUCCACUAGAAGCCGUACCCGGAUAGAGAUCACUCUGUCGGGCAAGCGCAGUGAAUCCAGAUCUACAUCCAGAGCAGAGUCUCAGUUCGGUUCUCAGUUCGGUUCUCAAUUUGAUGACUUCAGCAACUUUGGUGGCAGUCUGAACAGCCUGGGAUCGGACUUCCCUGAUAACGUGGCACGUACUCUGGAUGAGCUGGAGGCGAGCAACAUCCACCUGGCAAAGUCCAACAGAAGGGAUACCCUGGAUACUCAUCGAACAACUGGACCCAGUGGAUUCUUCCUAGUAGGAUGUGGCGAGGAGGAGCCGGCUCACAUCGAUUGGGAAGAUAGACUGGCAGAGCUCCAACGUAGGAAUACCCUCUGCAGACCUCACCUUCAGACGUCUUACCCCGUAGAGACACAGACAAGGGCACCGAAGGAGAUCACAGAGACGGAUCUGAAGGUCGGCUCUGACACUCGUCGCUCCAGUCUCAGGCUGUCUCGGGGUAACGAGGAGAGCAGCAGGAUGUCGACCCGUAAGAGGAAGAGCGAUAAGUUCAAGUUUGAAGAACCAGCAUCGAAGCAAAUGCGUAGCUCAUCUUCCUGCCAGGUGAUGCCCCCGCCCCCUCCUCCCGGCAGCACCAAGACUGGCUCGAUGACCAGGAAGGCCGUCUCACAUUCCAGCAUCCCAGCUGAGCAACAAACCCGUUUCACAUCCACCACUAAACAUGACAAGGGCCACAUCCACAACCCUUCCUCCAAGUGCAAUAGUAAGACCAGCCUACAGAGUAGCUCGGCAGCUCGGAGUAGCCCGCGACUUGCCGGGAGCAAGUCCAGUCUCGCUGCCAGCAAGAGCAGUCUAGCCUCCGGGAACUCCAGGAGUAGCCUCGCCAGCCAGUCCAGUCGGACUAGCCUAGCCACGCAGUCGAGCAGAGCCAGUCUGGCCAGCACGACCAGCCGAACGGCCGCUCAGCAUCCAGAGACGCAGAGUUCCAGGCCUAGUAGCAGGACCAGCAUGACUUCGUCAUCCAGUAAGACCAGUCUUGCAUCAGCCGCUAUGGAGGCGUCGGGACGCAGUUCCUCAAGAGCUCGUAGGUCCAGCCUGUCUGGUAGCCUAACUACCUCUACAUCCACUCUGAAGAAUUCCAAGAAGGAACCUUUUCUGCCAGAAAUUGAGGAGGUGUUGAACCCCAGGCGUGAGAGCCUCACUUACAGCGUAGGAUUCUCCCCGAGGAAGACGUCCAGACGGAGGAGGUCGAUGCGCUUUUCUACUAAGAAGGGCAGUAUGAAGGGUAGCCCUGGUCUCAGUCAGGUGAAGAAGAAGAAGGUAGCCACGCCCCAGAAGAAAACUCCAUCCAAAAUGAAAUCCAUGGCAAGGUUCUUUGGAAAGUGAGGAGCCAGACUCAUCAUCAACCAACCUAUCGAUUUAACAAGCAGCGAGAGGUCUCGUUUUAAAUAGUUUUUUACAACUUUGGUAUCAGUUGAACGUCUUUCUUCAAGAUAAUUUUGUUUAUUGUUGUUGUAACCAACCAGUAAAUAAAUUAACACUUGCAAAUUAGUGUUAAUCUGUACUUGAUGACCUAUCUAAAAAGAAACGAUCCAGCAUUAAAAAAAUUAUUUUAAAAAUACAGGGUUGAUAGACAAAAUAUUACAUGUUCCUCAAAUCUGCUUCUUGUUUCUCAAUUCAGUGGUACAUUUGUUUCUAAAUUAUUAAUAUUACUGAAGUAAUUGGACGAAUACAACUACCAUUAUGUUAUAAUAGAUCGAAGUAUAAUUACACUGCCUGUCUCUGAAAUUGAAUAGAUUAGAUAGAAUUGUAAAACUCCCAACUUUUAUGAUACAGUACUUUAGUAGAUUACCUGUCAUUAAGCGAGUGUGACAUCCCCAUUUGUGUAAAAUUUUGGACAGGAUAUAACAGUAGUUUGACAGAUUUAUUCUUGUAAAUAGUGGUUUUCCUACAAUCAUGUAUAAAUAGUGCCAUAAAAAAGAUUGAUUAUGUAAUAUAUCUGCCUUGUAAUUAUGUAAAGAUGUGGAAGAAUUCUACAUGCAUCUAUAUAUAAUUGUAUAAAUAUCAACUCCCUCUAUUUACUAUAAUAUAUAGACCUAAAUAUUUGUUUGUGUAUGUAAAUUCUGUUUAUAUUGGACUAUCCACAUGUUUCAUCAUGUUUUUACAAAUAUUGAGCUGUUUUUGGUAUAUUUCUGUGUAUUUACAUCGGUGUAUUUGAAUGUUUAUAUGAACGCACUGUUAACAUGAAAAGCUAAGGGGGUCAGAGGUUUAGGUAUACAUAUAGAUUUAUUCUGGUUUUCUGAAUUUUCUUACUUUAUGGGCUUUUGUAAUAUUAUAUUCUAAAUCUAAUUACACCACAGUGCCUUCAUUUGAUGAAAAUGGAAGUUGUAUAGUUUUGGGGUGGAUGAGUUUACCACACAAAUUGAAAUACAUGUACAAUUUUGUAUUAAUAGCAAUAAGAAAAAACUGAUGGAAGACUCUUUUUUAAAUUAGAAAGAGAAAACAAAAGUACUUCUAAAGCUUUGAUCUUUAAUCAUCUUUAGCAUGAUAUCAAGAGGAUGUUGUGAAACAUUACCUGGAUAAUCAAAAGACAACUGCACAUUGCAUUCUUAUAUAAAUUCUCAGAACUGUGAUUAUUAUGUUUUACUUUUAGUGAAACUCUUGUGGUGCUUGAUCACCUUUCAUGGCAUUAACUAAACCAUUAUAGCACAAAUUUUUGACAAGUUGUAAAUUAGUUAUGAAAUAAACAUCUUAAGGCUAGUAUGAUAUCAUUGAUAAGAGCCAGAAAGGUGUAAACUCUGCAUAAAAUAAUGAGUUAACACCUUCCUGACUUCAGAUAUAUAUCACCACCGGCUAUUGUUUGUUUGAUGUACAGAUUAUGUGUUUGAAAUUGCACUGCAUGUAUAUUGAAUUAUUAUAUGAUCAGAUUUUAAAAAUGAAAAAUAAUAAGGUCUCGUUAAAUUGUUUGCAUAACGUGAUUAUUCAUGAGAUGUUGUAAAUAAAACCUCUAUACUGCCUAGCUUUACAGCAUA